AUGAGUCGGACACCACUGUCAUGGGCCGCCGCUCGCGGACAUGAGGAGAUUGUGAAGCUUCUGCUUGCCAAAGACACCGUCGACCACAAUUCUCAAGAUAUGUAUGGCCAGAUUCCGUUGUUACUGGCCGCAGGGAACGGCCACGAGGCAGUGGUGGAGCUUCUCCUCGCUAAUAGCGCUACCCUCCCAGACUCCAAGGAUAAAUUCGGCCGAACACCGCUUUCUUGGGCCGCAAGGAGAGGAAAUAUUAAUGCGGUUAAGCUCAUACUUAGAAAUUGUGAGCGUCAUGGCAUUGUCGUUCAGGAAAAAGACGUGGAUAUUGGGAGGCCUCCAGCAGCUGACCAAGAAAGCCGCAUCUACUGCGGUAUCUGUCUAUGGUGGAUCCCGAAUAUUAACUCUUAUCACCACUGCGAAAUCUGCGUCAAUGGAGAUUUCGAUAUUUGUGAAGAUUGUAUUGCAAGCGGAGCUCUCUGUUUGGAUGGUUCUCACACAUGGAUGAGGCAGAGAAAGAUGUGGACGCGAGCAUUCGCAGGCUUCGAAAAGGGACUAGAACCAGACCAUCCAACUACGUUGAUGGAGGUGCAGAAUCUUGGCAUGUUGUACCACGGUCGUGGAGAGGUGAAUGAAGCGGAGAAGAUGUGGACGCGGGCACUGGCGAGAUAUGAGAAGGCCCUUGAACCCGAUCAUCCGGAUACGCUGAGGGUGGUGCAGAAUCUCGGCAUGCUGUACCACGGUCGUAGGCAGAUGGAUGAAGCGGAGAAGAUGUGGACUCGAGCACUGGUGGGAUAUGAGAAAGGCCUCGAACCCGAUCUUCCAGUCAUGCUAAGGUUAGUGCAGAGUCUUGGGGUGUUGUAUCACAGCCAAGGGAAGACGGACGAAGCGGAGAAGAAGUGGACACGAGCAUUGGAAACAAUACUCCAAGAGGCUGCAGCAGUCGGUGAACAUGAUGCUGUCGAUCUGAUACUCGACCAAGGGGUAGAUAUGGGAUUAAGCAUCAAGACUGGGCAGACUUCGCUCCAUAUAGCAGUGCAGAAUGGCUAUGUGCAAGUCGCUAAAUUCCUUGUGAAGCAGAGCGCAGAACUGCACAGGCGCGACAAAGACGGUUGGACACCACUCAGUAUUGCUGCAUUGGCUGGUCAGGAAGAAGUGACUCAGGUCCUACUCGACAACGUUGCCGAUGGUCGUGUUCAGUAG